CAGUAGGCCGGACUUGGAGGAACAGGUUGAGACAUCUACAAGCUGCGAAAUCAUCCGACAUCAUACAACGCGGUUACACUACAAACACAAACUGGAAGGGCUGAGUGCAGCGUGGGUGCCCAAGGAUAGGCCGCCUGAGGCUGGGGAGCAGAGUGGCCGGUCCCCCCCGGUUAUGAACCACACCGAGGGAGGCCUGGUCAUCUUCAGCGCCAACUCACACCCUUCGUCCAGGGAGAUUAGCAAGAGGAUAGGAGAGCGUCUGGGGGUGGAGCUUGGGAAGGUGCAGGUGUACCAGGAAGACAACAGAGAAACGCGUGUGCAGAUCCAGGAGUCGGUUCGAGGCAAAGAUGUCUUCAUCAUCCAGACUGUGUCUAAGGAUGUGAACACUACCAUCAUGGAGUUGUUGAUCAUGGUGUACGCGUGCAGGACUUCCUGUGCCAGGAGCAUCACCGGGGUGGUCCCCUACUUCCCUUACAGUAAACAGUGUAAGAUGAGGAAGAGAGGGUCUAUCGUCUCCAAGCUGUUGGCCUCCAUGAUGUGUAAAGCAGGUCUGACCCAUCUCAUCACCAUGGAUCUUCAUCAGAAGGAGAUUCAGGGCUUCUUCAACAUCCCAGUAGACAACCUGAGAGCUUCUCCCUUCCUACUGCAGUACAUACAGGAGGAGAUUCCUGACUAUAGAAAUGCAGUGAUAGUGGCCAGAUCUCCAGCCUCAGCCAAGAGGGCCCAGUCGUUUGCAGAGCGGUUGCGUCUGGGUAUUGCAGUGAUCCAUGGAGAGGCCCAGGAUGCUGAGUCAGACCUGGUGGAUGGAAGACACUCUCCUCCUACUGUCAAGAUACCACUGUUGAUCCCUAAAGAGAAGCCUCCCAUCACAGUGGUAGGAGACGUAGGAGGACGCAUCGCCAUCAUAGUGGAUGACAUCAUAGAUGACGUGCACAGUUUCGUGGCGGCUGCGGCGACGUUGAAGGAGCGCGGAGCGUACAAGAUAAUCGUCAUGGCGACGCACGGCAUCCUCUCCUCCGAUGCGCCGAAACUCAUAGAGGAUUCUGCCAUUGACAAGGUGGUGGUAACCAACACCAUUCCCCAUGAGCAUCAGAAGCUGCAGUGUGUUAAGAUCCAGACGGUGGAUAUCAGCCUGAUCCUCUCUGAAGCCAUCAGACGCAUCUACAAUGGAGAGAGCAUGUCCUACCUGUUCAGACACAUAGGACUGGAGGACUGAACACACACACACACACACACACACACACACACACACACACACACACACACACACACACACACACACACACACACACACACACACACACAGAGAGCAUGUCCUACCUGUUCAGACACAUAGGACUGGAGGACUGAACACACACACACACACACACACACACACACACACACACACACACACACACACACACACACACACACACACACACACACACACACACACACACACACACACACACACACACACACACACACACACACAGAGAGCAUGUCCUACCUGUUCAGACACAUAGGACUGGAGGACUGAACACACACACACACACACACACACACACACACACACACACACACACACACACACACAGAGAGCAUGUCCUACCUGUUCAGACACAUAGGACUGGAGGACUGAACACACACACACACACACACACACACACACACACACACACACACACACACACACACACACACACACACACACACACACACACACACACACACACACACACACACACACACAGAGAGCAUGUCCUACCUGUUCAGACACAUAGGACUGGAGGAC